AUGUUUCUCCCGUCAAGCACCUGCGUCAAAGACGAAAAGCUGAAGGAUAAUUCACCAAUGAAGCGGGACCUCUCAACCGAGAACCCAAGUACCAAAUCCCACCACUACGCAUCCUCAAUCACAAAUACCAUCCAGAUCCGGGAGAUUUUCUCCGAGAUCCGCUCCACAAUCACAUCCGACAUCGACGUCCUCGUCAUCACAAGUGCAGCGUAUGCCGCAAGUGCCGCCAACAGCCUCCAUCUCCCGUCCCAGGUACACGCCGUCAGCUCCGAGACAAACUUCCUCGACAACUGCAAUCUCGUCAGAGACUUCUUCGUGAACGCGCCCGAGCCCGACAAGGACAAGGUCAUCCCGGACAUCUCGACCGCGGCCGCCCACGCCCUGAUGCCCUAA